AUGAUGGAGGCACAUCAACAGAGAGGAAGAACUCACACAAGUUUACCCUCACUCAUCACCCUUAUCGCCAUUGUUUCCCCUCUAGCAUCAGCGGUGCCCUCUCUCACCGACGAUUCAAAAUGCGAGUGUUACCUGACAAACGGUACACAAGCUUCCUUCUUCGCCACCCACAAAUUUCUAGACUUCCGAAACCUAGCUGCACACGCCGGCGUCCCACUCACCAUCACCAAACCCAACGACAGCGGAAGUGCACCCGUUACUAGCGAAUACUUCACCUCAAAAGAAUGGACCGAGGCAUUCUGGGUCCUAAGUUGGAACAACAGCCACCAAAUCCGCGAGGACGCCACAGUGCUGAUGGUCAACUCGCCCAAUAACGUUUACAUUGAAGCUAACGGCGACCGCAGCCCGUCCUCGCAAACCUGGCUCACCCUGCGUACCCAACGUCUCAAAGACUUCCAAACCGCCUCCGAGAUCGAGUCCGUCGCGCCCGGCUUUCAGUACCUCUCCGUCCGCAUGCUCGCUCGCACCGUCGGCUCCCCGGGCGCCAUCACCGCCUUAUUCACCUACCGCGACGCCGACCGGCUCGCGGACGUGCAGGAGUCUGAUCUCGAAGUACGCACCAUGGACCCGCGCAACACGAUCCAGUACACCAACCAGCCAUCCUAUACGGAAAAGGGCGAAGAGAUCGACCACGCUACCAAGAACGUCACGCUUCCCCCAGGCCACCCGGAUUGGACCCACUGGGCUGUGCACCGGCUUGACUGGACCCCCAAGGAAACUGUCUGGUACGUGGAUGGGACCGAGGUCGCGACUAUCUCGUUCCAGACGCCUAGAGAUCCUAGCAAGGUUAUACUGAACGCGUGGAGCGAUGGCGGCGAGUGGAGCGGGAACAUGACGGUUAAUGACGCGGCGUACUUACAGAUUCAGUGGUUGGAGAUUGUGUAUAACGCCACGGAUGAAAAUCCCGCAAAGAGGAAGAGAGAUGGUGGUGGGGUAACAGCUGUGAUGCUGAGGGAAAGGGAUGAGGGUGGGGAGGGUAGUUGUGAUGUGGUGUGCAGUAUAGAUGAAACUCUGGAACCGGGAAAGCCGGUGAUGUUAUGGAAUAAUGGGGCAAUGAGGAUGGUCGGUGGAGGAUUGGUUGCUUGGAUACCUUCAUUAGUGACCUUUGGUAUGCUCGCCUUGAUUUCGGGGGGUUUGUGGUAGAGAGAAGCAGGUUGUAAGGGGACGUUGUCACAUAAAAUGGCGUUAGGAGGGUGUACCAUAAACAUGUUCAUGCAGGUUUUCAGUGAAUCAAGUGAUGAGUGUGCCCGGAGGAUUGAUCA